AUGGGUCGUGAAAGAGCGCCAAGCGGAACUGCUGUAGUAAAAUUGGUGAAGAAAGUUCGUGAGAUAGGCUUGCUAUUAGAUAUCAGAAAAGGUCCCCGAGCUCGGACGCACUGUCCGCCUGAGAAUAUUGAGGCUGUGUCCCGUAGUGUGGUACGACGCCGAUCGCAGCAACUGGCCAUUAGUCGCACCAGACCAGAGAAUACUGCACAAAGACCUAGGAUUAUUCGCCUACAAGGUCCAGAUGACUCAGGAGUUGAAAGCAAAUGA